CUUUCUCCCGGUCGUGUGUCGCAGCUUAGCAUGUCGGAUUCUCCCACCACGGUGACAGAGAAGGUCCGGAGUCAGCGUAUCUGUCAUGGUGAGCGCCAUGCCGCGCCUGAAAGGAAAGGAGCAGGCGGGUUCCAGAGGUGUUACUGUUACGCCCAUGGCUGCUGUUUGUUGCAGGCGGCUCGCCUGGUCGAGCGUGGCAUGGAUGCAGUGGCCAUUUCGUGGAGCGCAUCGAAAGGUGGCCGUGUCUGACCGCUGGGCUAGGUCACUGAGGUGCCUUGGGGUGCCUCAAAGUGCCUCAGGUGCCUCAGGAGGCUCAGAGUGCCUCAGGUGCCUCUGGUGCCUCAGGAGGCUCAGAGUGCCUCAGGUGCCUCUGGUGCCUCAGAGUGCCUCAGAGCGCCUCAGGUGCCUCAGGUGCCUCAGGGGCAGGAGGGGUGUGAUAGGAGCGAGGGGUGCAAGAUGAAGGAGGGGCGUGAGAGGCAGGAGGGGCGUAUGAGGAGCGAGGAGUGAGGGGGGAAGAGAGGCGUCAGAGGGGGGACGGGGGUGUGAGAUGGGCAGGGGAUGUAAAUGGAGCGAGGGCUGUAACAGGAGUGAGGGGUGUAAGAUGGAGGGUGUAUGAGGGGGGGGGGGGGUGCGAGGAGGGACGGGUAGGAGGGCAUGGGAGCAGGGAAGAGUGGGAAUGUGGAAUAUCUCAAAGCAGCGAGGUCUGUGAUGCCAAGUCAGCAGAUGAGUGAUGGUCAGAGCACUCACCAGCCUAGCCAAAGGAACCUUGUUGCCUAGGAGUUCUGAUGAUUCUGCCACUGCUGCUGUUGCUGAUGGUACAGCUGCUGCUGUUCGUGCUGCUGCUGGUGCUGGUGCUGCUGCUGCUAAUAUUGCUGCCGCUGCCGCUGCUGGUGGUGUUCGUGGUGCUGCUGCUGAUGCGGCUGCUGGUACUGCUGCUGCUGGUACUGCUGCUGCUGGUCCUGCUGAUGUUAGUGGUGGUGAUACCGGUGGUGCUUCUGCUAACUCACAUGCGUGCCAAGUCAAGGGGGAGUUGUACUAGAGCAGCCAGGGGGGGCAUGAGGAGGGUGAGCAAAUGCUGGUGACUGCUGCUGCUGCUGCUGCUGCUGUAGGCAAUGUGAUGGGGGUUGCAGGAGGAGGAUGGCAGGGGUUGGUGGGGGAGAGUGAGAAGGGUGUGAGGGAUCUGCGGUUUCCCCACACUGCCACAUGGCAUGUCACUGAUGCUGCUAUUGCCACGAGGCGUGCUCCUGCUGCUGCAUCUCGUGUCUAACACCCCAUGCGUUGCAGGCAUCAUGGAAUGGCUUGCUGUGGCAUCGCAGUCAUUGCAGUCAUGGCAUGGCACGGCACGGCACGGCACGUCAUGGCAUGGCACGGCACGGCAUGGCAUGGCAUGGCAUGGCAUGGCACGGCACGUCAUGGCAUGGCACGGCAUGGCACGGCAUGGCACGGCAUGGCACGGCAUGGCAUGGCAUGGCAUGGCAUAGCAUGGUAUGGCAUGACAUGGCAUGGCAUGGCAUGGCACGGCACGUCAUGGCAUGGCAUGACACAGCUUUCCAUGUCAUACUAGUGCAACUAUGCCAUUCAAAUGCUUCAAUGCUUCACUUUUGUCGUGGUAUGGCCCAGCUUUCGUCCCAACUUUAGGCUCGGUCUAGUCAGGAUCGGUCCGGUCAGGGUUGGUCCAGUCAGGCUUGGUCCAGAUUGAUCUAGUCAGGCUAGGCCUAGUGUGAGGGAACGAGAACGAGUCAGCUUCCAACGAUGUUGGUUGGGUGCCGCAGAGACAAGCAGAGGGGAAUUGUGUGGACACAGUGGAAGGAAACGACUUGGAAGUUGUGAUACACCACCUCCUUACGAAGAGGUUUCUCUCCGAAGAGUGGUGUAUGGUGACAGUCAUCAUCUUUUGGGCUGAGAUAAGCCCGUAGGAUCUUUCCAAAGACCAAGUCCCCAGAGAGAUGCACUUGCGGAAGCGUAGUGUAAGACUUAAUGAACCUCUUGCAAUGGUAUGCGAGCAGGCCCCCAAAUUGGUUUUGGGGGUGUCUGAUUCAUCAGACUUGCUUGUCAUCCCUGUCAAACAUGUUUAGUUAUCAUGCUUGUAUAGACUGUAUAGGGUC